CCCGGAGCGUCCCCAAGGCUGCCCGGCAGGGCCGGCCAGCGCCCGGCCCCGGGACCCGCCCGGGCGGCUGCGGGGCUCGCUCGGCCGAGGCCGUGCGGGUUAAUGAACCGCGCUGGGGGGAAGGGGGGGGGCGGUCUCUGAAGGGCGAGCGGCGGGACCGCGGCCGCGCUAAACUGAACCGGCAAACUUCUGCGCCGGGAGGAGGGGGGUUCCCGGCGCUGCCGCUGCUACCGGGCUGGGCUGGGCUGGGCUGGGCUGGGCUGGGCUGCCGGCGCGGGGACCCCCGCGCACCGCUCCGAGAACCGGCUCCGGAGACUCCGCGGCCCCGGCAGCAGCCGCCGCCCCCCGGUGCCGCCCCCCGGCGAUUCCCCCCCCCCCCCGCCUCCCGCCGCGGGUGUCUGAGCGGAGGGGCCGCGCCGAGCCGGGCCAUGGAGCAGCACCUGCGGCGGCUGCGGCAGGAGCUGCUAUCCAUGAAGGAGGUUGGAGACGGGCUGCACGAGCAGAUGAACUGCAUGAUGGGUGCACUGCAGGAGCUGAAACUCCUCCAGGUCCAGACAGCUCUGGAGCAGCUGGACAUCUCGGGGAGCCGAAGCACUGUCCCUGGCACUGAGCAGCACCAGUGCUGCCGAAGCAGCAGAGACGUGCCCAGGGCCCAGCAGGACGAGGAGCCAUGUGGGGAGGAAUCAGUGGAGGACCCCAGCCCCUCAUCCCUCGCCUGUGCUGUGCCACGGCCAGUGGGUUUGUGCUGUCCCACUGCACUCCCAGAGGUCGGCCACCUUGGAGACACCCUGUCCUCCUUCAGGAGCCUCUGUGGUGAGGAUAUUUAUCACCCAAAAGCACCUUCCUCUGUGUUGAGCAGAGCAGAGCACGUCCGCCCAAGAACAUUCGAGCCCAGUACCCAGGGCACAGCUGGGGGGUGGCCAGCAUGCCAGGAGUGCCUGGGGUGUGAUGAUGGCCACGACUGGACAUCCUCCCUAAUGUCCCAGAGCAGGAAUCGGCAACCGCUAGUCUUGGGGGAUAACAUCUUUGCAGACUUGGUUGGGAAUUGGUUGGAUCUGCCAGAGCUGGAUAAAAAGGGGGAGAAGAGCGAAGUACCCCUGUCCAUGAGCAGAUCCCAGGAGCUCUGCAGGAAGUUCUCCCUCACAGCCAACAUCUUCAAGAAGUUCCUGAGGAGCGUUCGGCCAGACCGAGACAAGCUUCUCAAGGAGAAACCUUGCUGGCUGCCACCUAAAGACAAACAGCAUGAGAUUUCCAAGAGACCCAGGAAGAUGAACAAACUCAAGGGGACAUUUUACUUCCCACUGCAUGGGAACAUCCAGAACCAUCACAGCAAAGCAGAGAGGUGCCCAAAGGCAGAAAGCAAUAGUGAGAAACCCAGAAAUGGCACUAAGAAAGUCCACGAUACCAUAAACUAUACCCAGUCUGGGUUUGACAUAAAUACGGCUGUUUGGGUCUGAGCUUAUUGGUGUUCUCUGCUCUGCCAACCAAUUGUUUCACACUGGAGAGGAGCUGGAGGUCCUACACGACUGUUCAGGAGGCCUCUGAGCUCUCGACAUAGACUGAGAUGAGUGCUCUGCAAAACACAGUAUGGGCUUCAGUCACCUGCAGGUGGCAUUUUCCAGAGAACUGAGGGACUGAUAGUGCAAAAAGAACCAGAAUCUUGAGCAGCUUUAGGGUGAGUGGUGCCCCAGAUGACCAGCUCCUGGAGCCUGGCUUAUGAUCACCACUUCAGGCCCAUUCCAUCAUCUCUAAGAUAGCUGCAGCACAAAAUUCACUGUGUGCAUGUGUGUGUAUGUGUGCAAAUUAUAUAGUUUUUUAAAAAGAUCUAUUCCUGCUUGCGUGCACUUAAAGCUGGGUUAGAAGCCAGGCACCCUUGUACCUGAAGCACUUGUUAAAUGGAAAGAAAUCAGUUUGAAUUUGCAAGACUUGAGCAAUUGCUAAUGGGGAGGCACAGACCCCCAGUUUGGGUGCAUUUCAGCUGUGGGGUUUGCCACUUAAACUGCAUCUCCCUUGCACUCCCAAUAUAUCCCCUUCCUCCGCCAGUUAAACCAGUAGGACCCAAAGCUUCUUUGAUGGAAGCUGGUGGCUCCAAGCUCUCAGUGGUUUCACCUCUCCCCCCUUGCCCUUCUCCCCACGCGUCACGCCAGACGCCACAUUGCAAGACUUUAUUGUUGAGGUUGCACCAAGAUAUGAAGUUGCAACAGAUGUUUGUAUUUGUUGUUUCCUAUUGCUGUUGUGUACAAACCUCCUCUUGACAGAACCUCGUUCCUCAGUGUCCGGCUCUCCAAGAGUUACCAAUAAAGCCACAUGGGUCUCCAGCAUGCUGCAGGGCAUGGGGUGACCACAGUCCUGCUUUUCUCCAGCA